AGCUAGAGAGUGUCCCCGAGCCAUGGUCUCUACCGGCCACGGCUCAGCCUGGGUCCCUCUGCUCUCAACCCGAGUGCCCGAUGCAGGCUUUGGUUUCAUGUCAGCAGCCUUCAUCUGCCUUCCAAAAAUAAGCCCCUGCCGCCAUGCGGGAGGGAGAAAAACAAGAAGGGCGGUAUUUUUAGGGCCAUUAAUUCUGACCACGUGCCUGAGAGGCAAGGUGGAUGGCCCUGGGACAGAGGCUGUUCAUCACUAUGUCCCAGGGAGCAGGACGUCUUCAGGGCACGCUGUGGGCUCUCAUCUUCCUAGGCAUCCUAGUGGGCAUGGUGGUAUCCUUGCCUGCGGGCUCCCGUGCCAACAACACGCAGCUGGACUCAAGGGGCUGGGGCACCCUGCUGUCCAGGUCUCGCACUGGGCUAGCUGGAGAGAUCGCCAGGGUGAAUUGGGAAAGUGGCUACCUGGUGGGGAUCAAGCGGCAGCGGAGGCUCUACUGCAACGUGGGCAUCGGCUUUCACCUCCAGGUGCCCCCCGACGGCCGGAUCAGCGGGACCCACAAGGAGACCCCCUACAGCCUACUGGAAAUUUCCACCGUGGAGCGAGGUGUGGUGAGUCUCUUUGGAGUGAGAAGUGCCCUCUUCGUUGCCAUGAACAGUGAAGGAAGAUUGUACGCAACGCCCAGCUUCCAAGAAGAAUGCAAGUUCAGAGAAACUCUCCUGCCCAACAAUUACAACGCCUACGAGUCAGACUUGUACCGAGGGACCUACAUCGCCCUGAGCAAAUACGGACGGGCAAAGCGGGGCAGCAAGGUGUCCCUGGUCAUGACUGUCACUCAUUUCCUUCCCAGGAUAUAAGGACCCACAAAAGAAGGCUCACAGAUUUAAAGCAGAAAGUGUCCUAUUGGAAUUUUGCACAAGCAAAUAAUUCCCCUUGCCCUCCAUGGCUUCUGAGUCAGGCUUUUCUUGCACUUGGGGAGACCCCAGUUGUUGCCCUUGGCCGCGCUGGACCCCAUGGCAUGUAGCCCAUUCAAGUGAGGGUUGCAAUCAGCAUCUUAGAAUGGCAAUGGAUCCCGUGCUGUGACCUCCCCCAAGGAAAGAAGGUAUCGGUGACACUUGAGGAAUGUGACCAUGUGCAAAGGAAAAGGCCAGGGUAGGAGUUUGUGUGCAUUGUUGUGUAUCCAUAUAGUGUUCUAUAUAUUCCCAGAGCAAAGGCAUUUCAAAGCAUCGAGUUUCUCUCUCCUAGCCUCAUCGCUGCAGGAAUCUGCCUGUACGAAUGUCACUUGUCAAACCAGUAUGAUUGAUGUGUGCUCCCAUUCUGCCUCUUUCCAAUCAUCUUUCCUUUCAGAGGCCGCUGACUACAUGAAUUGCACAGGUCAGCGGGAAGCAGCCAUCCUCAAAGUGCAGAGACGGCAGGGUGAGAGUGUAGGGUUGUAUUGCAAACCCAAAGGAGACUGAUCAGGCACUUCAAGCUUCCUGCCAGUGAAGGCUCUGGGGAUACUGGGAUAAAUUGUCAGGGAAGCUGGGGGAGAAGCUGUUCCCUUCUUGGAGUUAAGGGGUACAGCAGCAUCCAGCGCAGCUGAGGAAGGCUUGUGAAGGCAGCAGAAGGCACUGGAUGUUCUAGGAGAGCCACUCUGCCUGGAGAACUCAGGCUGUGUGUGGCUCCAAGAACAAGCAGGGGCCAGGCUGCCUGCCCAUAAUGUUUCCUCACUUUGAACCGGUCUUAUUUUAACCUCAGAUGACAAGGAUCCUAAUAAUGGCAACCUCUUUGGCGAGGGAUGGGGGACAAAAUAGGGCAUGAAGGAAGUAGAGAGGCUUUGGACUACAGAUGGCAAUUCCUCUCCAACUAUGUCCAGGAAAUGCACCCAAGUUCUCAUCUGAUACCCUCACUUCCUUCUUGCUCAUCCUCAUCUCACAUACACGCUGUGUGUGCCUGGAUGCAGCAGAAUGGGCACCGUGGCCUCCAGGGUUUGUGCUGUCUUCCUCCCUGCAGUAGAAGAGGAGUGAUAAUCCCGUGAAAUCAAGAAGCCAAGCUGAAGCAGUUCCUUGCCGCACAAUGCCUUCUUGCCUUCUGUCCUUAAGAGUAUUUAAAGCAGAGGUUCCCCAACUGACUACAAAUGUUGUCUGCCUGGAGCCUUCAGAUUCCCGAACCAUUGGAAUGUUCCUAAAUCUGAAACCAGAGAGAGAGCCCUAUCAGAGUGCAAAUAUUUUUGGCAUAUGUGAACCAUCGAGUUACAAAAUGACCUGACACCCUCUGCGACUCUCGGGGGCCCUGACCUGCAAGACAAUCCUCAUCUGUUGCGAAUACCUUCGUCUUCAACAUACCUUACUAUUUGCAGCUGCAUCCAUCUAUAGAUAGAUCCGGGCAGAAGAAUUCCGAGCUGAAGAUGGAAUCGGUAGUCAAAGGGAAAGACACCUCACCAGCCACCUCCUCUGCCCUGCAGAUGUCAGGGAGGACAUGUGCUGGGUGAGGAGGAAAAAGCCACACCAAGGUACGCAAAGAUGGAAGAGACAGUAGAAACCCUGAAGUGUGUGUGUGUGUGUGGCCGAGCCUCGGAUGUGGUAGGAAAGGGAGAACUAGUCCAUCUUGACUCUUUGGAAUACUGAAGUGCAGGUCUGCUUGGAGGCGGGGAUAAAGCUGUUUUUUAGGGAGUCUUGUUCAGUGCAAUCAAUCUCUUGAACAGGGUCCAUCAGAAAUGCAGUCACCCCGAACCUGAGGUGUGUAUCAGUUCCCAGUAGAGCUUGGAGUGUGGAAUGGCUAGGGGAUGGUGUGACUGUGAUCCAGAGAAAAAAGGAGAAGUUUUAUGUCCCAUAACAUAGGUUCCCUUCUUCCGAGAUCUUUCAGCUCACAUGGCAUGAGAGGAGCAAUCUUCGAGAGAAUCCCCAAAGCCUUGGACUGCCAGCCCUUUCCUUCAUCUCUCUACAGGAGCAUAACAUUGCUCAAAUCCUGGCAAGGUGUCUCCCCAAGUGUCGCCUUUCAUUUUUCAUGCUAGGAAUGAGAAGAAGAAGCUAAGAAAUGCCUACAGUCAAGCAGGCAUGCUAUUCAGCCACUGCAUAGCAGUUGCACCAGCACCGGUUAUGAGGGGCUGGGUGUCUGUCUAACUGGUGCCAGGGCCCAUGCUAUAUCAGUUGCUAAAUAUUUGGGGGUUGUUUGUUUGUGACAGAGUCUUGCUCUGUCACCCAGGCUGGAGUGCAGUGGUGUGAUCUCAGCUCACUGCA